AUGCCCUCAUUCCAGGUUAGUUUACUGUUAAUCAACCUGGUUAGACUGAUGCCCUUUGGAGUGCCAUGUUGGAGUACCAUACUCUGUAUGGAUAAGCUUAUUGGGUGGGUGAAGGGUGAGGUUGUCAAUGGGAUUUGAUCAUGUCAGUCUGAAUCAGGCUUUGUGAAGGGACAAGAGGCAGCUGCAGAUGGUACAUUUGGCAUGUCUUUACUGGUUGCACAUGCACACACCAUUUGCAGCAUGUGUGUACACAAUCCACUAUGGCUGUUAUGGUCAGCAUAUAGGCCUAAAAUUGGAACACCCUGGCAUCGACCCUCAUACUCAAAUGGACAGGCACACACACACCCACAUAGUGCUGUAUACCAGAUGCACACCACGGCACACACACACAUUUUCAGACCUGUUACACUGGACGCAUUGCUGAGUGUGAGUCGAGAGUGAUAUGCUCCCCGUGAAACACAGACAUAUUGUGAAAUGUUAUAGUUAUUUUGCUCACUGCCAUUUGCUCAUGCAAAAUGUCACCCAAAGUGUAAUUUUACUGUAAGUGUCCUAUAUAAUGAUUUCAUAACACAUUCAAGAGUAUAACAAUUGUGCAUUCUUAGAAUUCCUGGUCCAGUUUUAAAUGACGUUCAGCUUAUAAAGGCUUCAUAAUGCCUUCAUAAAGCACUACAUAAAUGUGUUACAAAACAUCUAUAACCGUAUGUCAUGCUAUAUAAAGGGUUCAUAAAUGUGGCAUAACUGUGUGACAUAAUCACCAAUGUCAAAUGUGACAUAACCCACUAUGUCAAAUAUCAUAUACAUGUGCUUUAUAAAGGGUGACAUGUUGUGCUGAAGGAUGGCAUAUGCUCUAAAGUGAUGUCAUGUUAGUCACAUUACACCCAAUCUAAUUCCCAGACAAUUCUGCCCAAAUGUGCGGAAGGUCUGGUGGACCAACGCAUAAAACUUGGCCUUCAUUAGUUAGGGUUAGGUUUAAAAUAACAUUUUAACAAGAUCAAUUGUGGAAAUGGGCAGGAUUUAGCAAUAAAUAUGACUUUUUGACUGUGUUAAGUAGUGACGAUGACAAAUACUUUAAUCAGUGAGGUCACUCCUAUAGAAUUCUAUGGUCACUCCCACUUAGGCCAAUUUUGAAUGGUUGACAUCCCAGGCUUAUAUGUGAUGUGUGUGCAAUAGCCUGGGGACAACAAUUCACCAAAGAAAUUGAAAGUGGCUUUCUUCCGGAACCAAGUUACAUGUUUUUCAGUACACAAACACGCACACAACAAAAACAAGCCAAAUUGCGUGGUGCUGGGCCCAGUCAGGUCUUUGACACGUUCACCCACUCCCCCGCUGAAAGAUCAGCCACAAAAUGUUGGCACCAUUGUAACAGGUUGUAAUCAAGCCCUGGUCUCCAGCAUGGGAACAGAAGAGGAAUACCUGGUGCGGUAGUCUCAGGUUGGACUACUCCAAAUCAUCUUGGUUCUGACACACACACACACAAACGCAAGAUUUGCAGGUCCAUCAACCCAUUGAAAUAGCUCUCACACCCUACAGUAACCUGUGGAUCAUGAGAGAACCUUCAUAAAUCAGCAGAAUGUUAAUAACCUAUUUAUUGACACUUUAAGUAGCGUCCUGUAAUCCUUAGUUUGAAGUGAGACACCUUCAGUCAUUAUAAACAUAUCCUUAACUCUAUAUCGCAUGGCGCUGUACUUAAUUUAAAGUCAGACAGGUCAUUUAUAACACAUACAUAAAUACCUUGUAUCAUAUGACGCUGUACUUACUAUGAAGUCAGACACCUUUGGUCAUUCAUAACACAUACAUAAAUGCCUUAUAUCAUAUGAUGCUGUACUUACAAUAAAGUCAGACCCAUUUGGUCAUUCAUAACACAUACGUAAAGGCUUAAUGAUUUAAACACAAAUAUAUUAACACUAAGGGCAUUAUCACUAACAGCUAAAACAAAUAAACAUUAAAGACAUGUUUAAACCAUACAAAAAGUCCAGCAAUGCAAUUACAUUGAACAUUACACAGGGCUGUGAAUAGUGUAGCUUGUACCUGAGCUGGCGGACGAAUGGUUGUUGCCUCUCUGCCACCUGGAGGUACUGCAUGUUCCAACCUUCAAAGUAACAACAAAGAAAGUUAGCAGGUCUGUUAGGAAAUGCCUUUGUCACACCAUCUGGAUAAGGGCAUUUCUGUGCUGCACCAGAAACAUUAAAUGUGAAGAUAGGAAACUCCAUUCAAUUCGCAUUAUUAUAGUCUUCUUUCGUUUACAAAUCUCAUGACGUGACUAUGCGACGUGGCUGUAUCUAGGGGGGUUUGUAUUUAGCCGAGCCUGCUAGCUAGCUAAAUUUCGGGUAGCUAGCAAUUGCUGUGAAGUCACUGAAAUUAUUUGAAAUAAUGAUUGAGUUAGCUACAGUGUGUAAUCUAACUCAACACUUAACUACUACAAACUAAUUUAAAUUACAAUAAAUAAAGGUUAACUUGUUUUUCACUGUCCAGUGGCAGCACAAGUGGGCAUUUGAUUUGCGAAUUCAUCACAUGAUCAGCGUCUUGUCAACAACACUAAAGAAGUACUUCCGGAUCACGGAAUUUGCCCCAAGUGCCCCACAUAAUAGUAGAGAAGUGUCAAUAAACAUUCAUGAUAUAUGAAAAAUAAUAGUCUAAACAUUAACAAUUAUUCAUAUUUGUUCAUAUUGAAGUGACAUUUGCAUUACAUUUGGGUUUUAAAACAUGUUCCAAGGUCAAAUAAAUGCCCCCAAUGCUAAUCACAGUAUAUGGAAGACAUAUUGGCUUAGAGCAAGAACUACUCUGGGUGCCACAGUAGAAGUAUUGAAGGGAAUACUCAGUAGGGUCUGUAGAAUGUAUAUAUGGUGUCAUUUCAUGGGGCUUUGAAUAAUACGGAGUGAUGCUGGCCUUUUACUCCACCCAUUCCAUUGGCGGCCAAAUAACAUCACGUGCGCUUACUGCAGUACAGAAUUCCGCUAACCAAACAACAGUCCAGGGCAUGCUCACUGAUUUAAAGGGCAACUACUUCACAUUUUUACCAGACCUCAAAAGUCAUCCCCUUUUGUGUUUUAAGCAUUAUUGUGAACACAAAAAAUCUAAAUGUUGUUGUUGUUCUAUUAAAAAAGUGUGAAAAACUGCGGUAAACCAGAAAAUUGGGGAAAUCCGAAAACUGGAAAAACAAAAUAAAGAAAACGAAAUUUUGGGGAAAAAAGGUGGCAAAAAAUAAAAAUGAUUUUAAAAUGCCUUACCAGCGUUUUUUUCUGUGCAUGACUGCACUUUAGAGUGUGUGUCAUCCUGCAGCACUGCAUUUUGUGGGUAGUUGAGGUCAGGUCCAAUACUGACUAUAGGAAAAGAGAUAGGAAAAGAGAUUGUGCCAUCUUGGAAAUGUUUUAGUGAAAUAUAAUAUAAUAUAUAACAUUUUGCAGAUGCUUUUAUCCAAAGCGACUUACAGUCAUGCGUGAAUACAUUUUUACGUAUGGGUGGUCCCGGGAAUCGAACCCAAUAUCCUGGCGAUGCAGUGCUCUACCAAGAUGACAGGGUUAUAAAUGCUUUGUGAAGCCUCAAUUUAAUAUGAUUUAUGAGGCCUUUAUUAAGCAGUGCUUCUGCCACCCUUUUUUAAAGCACAGGUUUAUGUCAUAUUUGACAUUGAUGGUUAUGUCACACAGUUCUGUCACAUUUAUGAACCCUUUAUAAAGCAUGACAUAGAGUUAUAGAUUAUUUAUAACACAUGCAUGUAGUGUUUAUGAAGGCUUUAUAAAGGUUUUAUGAAGCCUUUACAAGCUGCACGUCAUUUAAAGCGGGACCGAAUUCCUUAGAAAGCUGUUGUAAACUUGGAGCUCUCAAUAUUAAGCAGUCUGACACUCAAUUACUCAAUCCACACACACUGGCCUGACAAGUGACACCCACACACAAACAAAAGCCUCAUUGGGUUCAGGGGCAGGUAGAUAUAAAUAGUGCUCCUCUUGACUGCUCAGUCACAGGAGCACGCAGCAAGCCACGCUCUCUUGUGACCAAGCCCACUGAUCCUUCCAGAGGGCUCGAGAAGUCACCCUUGUGUCUGUCUCCAGAGCUGAGAUUUACGCUCCCUAACCCCUACACGGAACAAGGCACAUGCUUCCCAGGGCAUGAGGACAUUGGGGGGGGGGGGGGGGGGGAGGGAUAGAUACCAUGCUCCCUCCAACCAACUCCCCCAACAACAAUGCCUUGGCAUCAGAUACAGGGGUAUAAAAGCUUGGGUAAUAAUACUUGUGCUGGUGAGUUGCAGUUAUCCUUUUCUGGGGAAGAGGGCUAGGAGAUACAGAAGGAGGGAGGACAGACAGUCAUACAUACAGGAGUUUGUCAUGAAGGGCCAUACGCAAGUAAAUCCUUUGUAAAUCAGUUGUUCCUCAAAAGAAAAGUCCACCAUUGGUUUGAUUAAAGCAACAAUUAUUUUACUUCUGUUUUCUGCUUCUCUAACCUUCUCUUGUCUUUUCACUUUAUAUGUCCUAUCUCUUUGCUGCUUUCCACUCUUUCACAGGAAACACUUGUGAAACAUCAACAGCACCUACAGAGGCAAAGGGAUGUUGUCGCAUACAGGAUGAAGAAGCUGGCAGCAAAGCAGGUUGACGUUACAGUAAGUCAAUGAUUGUCUGCUGAAGUCUCUCGUCAGAUGCCUGAAGAACACUUGUUAGCAUCCUAUUCUAUUUCAUUAAGAUUCACAGCUGGGGUGAGUUCAAUUGCAAUUCAUUCCAAUAAUGUUUAUGGAACAUUAUGUCUGAGGGAUAGGGAGAUUUGGGAGAUGGUGAAACAAACCUGAAAUGGGUUGAAAUGCAGCAAUGGUUUUAAAGGCUUUACAAAUAAUUCAUAGUCACUUGUCACUGUAAAUCUGUAUCUUUAAAAUGGUAUCUCCAUUGCAUUGCUGCCAAAUGUAGUCUAAUUAGGAUUAUUUUUUCAAACUGCUAAUUCUGAUCAUUUCACGUGACCCCUCCCCCACUUCAGAAGAAGACCAACGCACUGAAGGAGAAGAUUAAGAAGAAGUAUGAGGACAUGAAGAAGGUUCUGGAUGAGGACCUGCGGAUCACGCUGACCCAGCUGGACAUGGAGUAUCAAGCCACAGAGUGCACCAUUGAGGACAGAAUGGAGCGCUGCUACCACCUCAGUCAGGAACUUGACCAGGAGAUAGCCCAGCUCAGCACCCAAAUGGAGAAAGAGCAGACAUACGACAAGGUGAAGGCCGUCUGAACAUAACAUAGGGACAUUCUAAUUUGACAUACGUGCCUGUAACUUUCACAUAAAGAGUGCGACAGCAAGUUAAACACACUUACUUCAUGUUUGGAUUUGGCCC